UAUUUUGGUUGUGCAGUUUGGUUUGGUGCGCGAAGAAUGCAGAAAAUAAAAUCAGUAUUUUGCACAAGUUAACAUCGGAAAUAAUUUGCCUCGAAAUGACCAUUUUCAACCUGAAAAACUUCCCUAAUGUGUGCCGACUGUGUUUGCAGGCGAAAUCAUCUGCAGAGCUGAUAACGUUGGACAGUUAUCAGCUGCUUCACCGUGGCACUAUUGUGGAAAUGCUGGAGGAAAUGAGCUUCACGAUUCCUGCCGAUUUAGCCUGCUAUCUUCCGAUGGAAAUUUGUGAGCAAUGUCUGGAGGUGUUCGAAUUAUUCUAUAAAUACAAACGAAAACUGGUUCUGACUCAGCAUUUUAUUACCUCUCUGGCGGAAGUCAAAGCUGGUAACCAAGCACCACUGCGGGCUCUCUUUGAUACCGAGCGUGAUCAGCUGAAUGUGCUGUUCAAGGAUUUGAACCUAUGCGAUAACGAAGAUGUUCAGGCAGAUGACUUGAUAGGUGAAUUUGACGAGUACGAAAUCGCGUCGACUCUUUGCGUUAAGGUUGAGACCGGAGAGGAGGAAGAUUUGAAGCCGAAUUUUCAUAGCGAAUUCAAAAAAGACUCCAGUGAUGAAGCUUCUGAAGAUAUCUAUGACAUUCAGGAUUUCACGGAUGAAUUUCAAAAAUCUUUGGAGGAACAUCAGGAGCCAACCGAGAAAAUAACGUCAGAAUUUACGUUUCCAGAUGAAAGAUCUUAUAUGGAAGAUGCAGAGGAAGAUCAAAAGUCGCAGUACACUUUGAUAGAGAACGAAUUCGACGACGACUUUGAGUGCGAACCGGACAUCGCAGGCACUUCAUUUGAACCGAACCCACGUAAGAGACGACGUUUGCCUCGGUUGCAAGAGGAAGAAGUGGAACCGCAAGAUUGCAUAUUGAAUUGUAAUUACAGCACGACGUAUCCUUCUCAGUUCGAAAAGCACUUGGCGAAAGUUCACGGGACAGAAGAAGGGACCGCAUUGCUCACUUGCUACCGGAAAAGCUGCAAUGGGGAAUUAGUUGAUUCAAUUGAAUUGCUACGACAGCACAAAAACGACGCUCACUUUACCCAUAUUUGCUUGCUGUGCGGAAAAGUUCUCAAGCAUUUGAUAGCCCUCGAGAACCAUCUGAAGUAUCAUGACCGGGAACGUGAACCCUUGCUGCAAUGUGAGCUAUGCGAUGAACUCUUCCGAACCCAAGCAGAGGUAAUAAAGCACGCCGCGAAAGUUCAUUCUGCUAGACUGUCCUUCGAUUGUCCCGAGUGUGGACUUAGUUUUAAACAAAAGCUGUUGCUGACACAACACAUGCUAACGCAUUCCGUGGAACGUAAUUAUAACUGUGAACAGUGUGAUAUGUCAUUUAAAACGUCCAAUCACUUACGACGUCACAUACGGACGGUUCACACGGAGGUCCGCUAUACCUGUGAACACUGCCAGAUGUCAUAUGGACGCCGCGAUAAGUUACGGAUGCACAUGGAACGGGUGCAUGAUAUUCAAACCUACUUCGUGUGUGACAUCUGCUGUUCGUCCUUCGAGACGAACGAUAAACUGCAAGAGCACAAAUAUCGCCACGAACAUCCGAUUGAUCUCAACUGUGGCGUUUGUUUGAUUGCUUGCGCGACCGCGGAUGAGUUUAACGAGCACCUCUGUAUAACGUAUCAAGACGACUACGUUUGCUGUAACCGUGACUUUCGGUAUCAUUCCUACUACAAUCGGCAUAUGUUUCUAACCCAUGGUAUAAACGUUAACGCUCGAGUGAAACCUAGAACGGGCGUUCUUAUGGGAAAACAGCGAGCAUUACGAAAACCGGUGGAACGUUGUACGAAAUGCGAGCAAGUGUUUUCCACGCGUAAACUCAAGAAGCAACACAUGGAUGUGUGCCAAGGUCAGGUCGUUAUUUUCGAAAUCGAACCGGUAGCUGAUGAGACAAAUGAAGGCUGAUAUGCUAACCAAUGACGCAAUUGUGUGGCGUCUAGCUCUUCCGAGAUUGGCAAAAUAGUCAGGAUUGCUGGAGAGUGACAUUAUCUUUAGAAAAAAAGCCCCAGAAUAAAAUAAUUGGUCGAUUUGCUCGAUUAGAUAAAA